AUGCGGCGUGCCGACGCUACAUUGCAUCCUGUACGUUCAGACCGCAAGCUUCUUGUCCUCCUCGAUCAGGCAUGUCUCGAGUCAGUGAAGGCUUCUGGUGGGAAAGAGUAUCAACUGCUCACUCCGGACAGACACAAAGAAAGGAUAAUAAAAUCUGGCAGAGAUCCCGCGACAAUCAGACCAGAUAUUCUUCAUCAAUCUCUCCUGAUGCUGCUUGAUAGUCCUCUUAAUCGCACGGGCAGACUGCAGGUAGAUCCGGUUAUGCUUUUUAUUACACCUGUGUAA